AUGUCCCCCUCAGAAGGUUCGGCGCUCAGUCCGUCCGCCACAGAUCGUGUCUUCCCCGUCCGAAGCGUCGUAUCGGUAGACCCUACACCAACGCCUUCGCAGCGCCCGCAAGGCGACUACUUCCACCCUUACUCGAAGAUCAGCGAAUCUCGCAUACCGAGCGAGGCACGGCGGCCCUCCCAAGGCUCCUCCGCCUCAGCAUCGUCAUGGUCCUCACGACUCCCAAUCCGAUCCAUCUCGGCAUCAACUCCGCACGGCGAAGAGACACCGUCUGCACCAGAACCGACCCCGCCGCGAGAAAAGAAGGAUGGCAUGAAAUUGGGUCCGCCACGGUUACCAGCGCAUUUUUUCAAUGAUGUGAUCACGGGAGGCGGUGGGGACAACAGCCGCCCGUCGUCCGUAUGUCAGGAUAAUGUUCCGACAGUUGGCGCUGAAUCUUCUGCAAAGAGCGUGGCGAGCAGUCUGGGCGAUCCUGGGCCCUUGAUCACCCACAGGUUCAAACAUGUCAUGACGGAGGGCGGUCACGCUGUAAUCACAGGCCGAGAUGGCGACGCCCUGCAACGGUGCGAGGACGAGCCAAUACAUAUUCCAGGCGCAGUGCAGGGUUUUGGUGUAUUGGUCGCCCUGGAGGACACUGCCGAAGCGGGGGUCCUGCCAGUUCGCAUUGCCAGCGAGAACUCGAUGCGAGUAUUGGGGCGAUCACCGAGAGAGUUGUUCGCUCUGGAGAGUUUCACAGACAUCCUGGGUGAGGAGCAAGCGGACAAUCUCAUCGACCAUAUCGAUUUCAUCAAGGACGAAGAUGCUGAUGUGGCGAGCAAUGGACCAGAGGUCUUCACUCUAACAUUAAAGAUCGGCAAGACACGCUCGAAAUUGUGGUGUGCGAUACACCAAAACCCAGCCAAUCCUGGCCUCAUCAUUUGCGAGUUCGAAAUCGAGGACGACCAACUACAUCCUCUUGUACCUCCGAACGAUAUGACGCCGGAGCUUCCCGAGGACACGCUAAACAGUGAACCCACCCCCGAGGAAUUUUUGGAGAGCACGGAAAACAAGAGUAGACCACUGAGAGUGCUGAGAAGUGCCAGGAAAAGGAAGGGCGAGGCGGCUGCAAUGGAAGUCUUCAACAUCAUGUCACAGGUGCAGGAACAGCUCGCAGCAGCCGCGAAUCUCGAAACAUUUCUCAGAGUAUUGGUUGGUGUGGUGAAAGAGCUCACAGGCUUCCAUCGCGUGAUGAUAUACCAAUUCGACCAAACCUUCAACGGUCGGGUUGUUACGGAGCUUGUGGAUCCGCGAGCGACCAAAGAUUUAUACAAAGGCCUUAAUUUUCCGGCAUCUGACAUUCCAAAGCAGGCCAGAGAGCUGUACAAGCUGAACAGGGUGCGCAUGCUAUACGAUCGAGACCUGGAAACCGCCAGACUCGUCUGUCGAACUCCCGAGGAUUUGGAGACUCCUCUCGAUCUGACACAUUCCUACCUCCGCGCAAUGUCCCCAAUCCAUCUGAAGUAUCUCGGGAACAUGGCAGUGCGAUCAUCCAUGUCAAUAUCAAUAAACGCCUUCAACGAGCUAUGGGGCCUCAUUGCGUGUCAUUCCUACGGUGGCAAGGGAAUGCGCGUGUCUUUUCCGAUACGGAAGAUGUGUCGAUUGGUUGGCGAUACUGCAUCUAGAAACAUCGAAAGAUUGUCGUAUGCUUCGAGAUUGCAGGCUAGGAAGCUAAUCAACACAGUUCCGACACAACACAAUCCAUCCGGCUACAUCAUAGCUUCUUCAGACGAUCUUCUGAAACUCUUCAAUGCAGACUUUGGCCUUCUUUCCAUUAGAGAUGAGACGAAGUUCCUCGGAAAGCUCGAACAGUCGCAAGAGGCCUUGGCCAUGCUAGAGUAUCUGAGGAUGCGAAAGAUCGAGGCCGUGAUGACAUCGACCAAUAUCUCCCAAGAUUUUCCCGAUUUACGAUACCCACCAGGAUUCCAGGUCAUUGCUGGGUUGCUCAUAGUGCCACUUUCAGUCGGGGGUAGCGACUUCAUCGUUUUCUUCCGCAAAGGGCAGUUGAAGGAGGUGAAGUGGGCAGGCAAUCCGUACGAAAAGUUCAUCAAAGAAGGCACAGAGGGCUACUUGGAGCCUCGAACAAGUUUCAAGACAUGGUCCGAGACAGUGGUCGGCAUGUGCCGAGAGUGGUCUGAAGAAGAAAUAGAGACUGCUGCGGUUUUGUGUCUCGUGUACGGAAAGUUCAUCGAGGUUUGGCGGCAGAAAGAGGCGGCCUUGCAGAGCAGCCAGCUUACGCGCCUGUUGUUGGCGAAUUCGGCACACGAAGUCCGUACACCUCUCAACGCCAUCAUCAAUUACCUGGAAAUCGCACUCGAGGGAUCACUGGACAAUGAGACGAGAGAAAACCUAUCAAGAUCACAUUCCGCUUCGAAAUCACUCAUCUAUGUAAUCAACGAUCUCCUUGAUCUCACCAAAACAGAAGAAGGUGUUCCACUGAUCAAGGGAGAAACGUUCGACCUGCGCGCCACUCUGAAAGAGGCCACCGAUAUGUUCCAGGGAGAUGCUCGACGCAAGAACAUCGCCUACGACGUGAUUGAGUAUCCAGAACUACCCUCACACGUCAUUGGAGAUCAGCGACGUGUUCGGCAAGCAAUCUCUAACAUCACCGCCAAUGCGAUACAAAAUACCACGGAAGGGGGUAUCAAGGUUGAGAUGUACGUUGCGUCCAAGCCGAGCCCGGGUCGCGUGGACAUCGAAGUUGCUGUGACGGAUACAGGCGUUGGCAUGAACUCAGAGACUCUGGAUAAGCUUUUCAACGAACUUGAGCAGGUGCAAUCCGAACCAGCUGGCUUGUUGGAAGAUGCUAUCGCUCCAACUCCCAAGCAAGGCGAGAAGGGCGAGGCCCCUACAUUGGGUCUCGGCCUUGCGCUGGUGGCUCGCAUCAUCGGCAACAUGAAUGGACAGCUACGGCUCAAAUCCGAAGAGGGGAAGGGCUCCCGCUUCGUGAUUCAAUUUCCGUUCGAAAUUCCCGACUCUGAGGUACAGAACGCCGAAGAACAAGCCACUUCAUCCCCGGGCAGUCUUACACCACAAGGAGAGUCCAGCUCGAGCCCCGUCCCAGAGGACGGGGAGAGGAUGCUCAUUGCCCCAAGCCUGUCGCGCAAUGACUCUGACGGCAGUAGUAGCAAAGUGGCGAGGAAAGAGAGCAUGGAGAGUCUGACGAGCCAAAAGAGCCUGACGAGUACGAAAAGCCUACGUAGCCUCCAGAGUGCAAUGAGUGGAAAGAGUGGAAAGAGCGGCAGGAGCCAGAGGAGCGACGUCGACAGAUUGAUAGAAGCAAUUCAAGAGCCGCACCUUGUGGGGCAGUCGCGGCCUUCGAGUGAGCGUAGUAUGAGCUCGAAGUCGCUGAGACCGACGCUCUCCAAACGAAACAGCCGAGAGCACAGUGCGCCAACUUCUCCAGUCCGCACGAGAUCAAGGAGCCUCGAAGCGGUUGAGAGCGAACGGGUCAUCACGCACCGUCAUUCAUUACCAAAGGACUUACCUGGACAACAAUCCGUAGCUGACUCUGGGCAUCCAGUCAGAGCCAUUAAGAUGCCUGACGAAAUAGGCUCCCCUAUUUCGACAAAACCCCCGCAAGGCAUGAUAUUGGGACAGAUUCAUGACGAGCCGGCGAAAAUCGAGGCUCAGCCCGAAAGCUCAAGCCCCGAGCAUCUUCGGGUUCUGGUCGCAGAAGAUGAUCCGGUAAACAGUAGGAUCAUCAAGAAGAGGCUCGAGAAGAAAGGUCACCAAGUUUUCCUUACCGUCAAUGGAGAAGAGUGUGCAAGCGCAUUCUGUGAGGAUCCACAGGGCUUCGAUGUCGUCCUGAUGGAUAUGCAAAUGCCCAUUGUCGACGGGCUUACCUCCACCAAGAUGAUUCGCUCGUUCGAGAAGACUCACGCUGGCACGAUGUCCGCUCGCGCUGAGCUGUGCGGUCGAGUGCCCAUCAUUGCUGUUUCGGCCUCCCUUGUGGAGAGGGAGAGAGAGACGUAUGUUCUCGCAGGUUUCGAUGCUUGGAUCCUAAAGCCGAUCAUGUUUGAUCGUCUAUCAAAACUGAUGACCGCCAUUGUCGACACUCCCACUCGCGAAGACUGUCUCUACGAAGCCGGACAGUGGGAGCGAGGCGGAUGGUUCCACAAGGGGCAGAAGAGCGCGGAAGAAGCGUCUACGGCACCAUCUGACGCACCCAUCCAGUCCAAUCCGCCCGAGAUUGCGAACGUCACUGAGGACUCUGCUAUCAUCGAUGAUGCAACCGCUGGCGACGAGGAGAACAAGAUUCCAGAAGAACGAGAGAGGUUGCUGCAGGCCCAGGAAGAAGAGAAGGUUUCCCGAUCGGAAACCAUUCCGGGCAAGCAUGUUCACUACGAAGAUGGUCCCAGCGACGAUGCGCAGCCACUACCACCCACGGACGAGUCGUAG